AUGACAACAACUAGCGCCAGGCUGAGUUCGAAUUUCGAGAAACGGACGCAGCGCGCAGCGAAUUCGCCGAUGAAUUCAAGGCAAUUGCGGAAAGAUGAGCAUGGAUUUACUUUUAAUGAAGCAACGCUUUCUGGUGGCAAAGUUAAGGGAAAGGCAAAGUCUCGUUCCACCCGCGCUGGUCUUCAGUUCCCCGUUGGCCGUAUUCACCGUCUGCUUCGCAAGGGCAACUAUGCCGAGCGUGUUGGUGCUGGUGCUCCUGUGUACUUGGCUGCUGUGAUGGAGUACUUGGCCGCUGAAGUUUUGGAGUUGGCUGGUAACGCAGCCCGUGACAACAAGAAGACUAGGAUUAUCCCUCGUCAUCUGCAAUUGGCCAUCCGCAACGAUGAGGAGUUGAACAAACUGCUUUCGGGUGUCACCAUUGCCCAGGGCGGUGUUUUGCCUAAUAUUCAGGCUGUUCUCUUGCCCAAGAAGACCGAAAAGAAGGCUUAAAUUCAAAUUCAAACUCGCAUAUAACACAAAUCAACCAAAACCCAAAACGUCCUUUUCAG